AUGAACUUGUCAGAGUCUGUUUGGCUCGUGGAGGAACCCUGGAACCUCAGCAGUGUGGAGGAGGAGGAGGACGAAAAACUUUUAUUCGGGAUCGGCACGGAUAAUUUCAUCACGCUGCUGGUUUUCGGGCUCAUCUUUACGCUCGGCGUGCUGGGCAACUCCAUGGUGAUCACCGUGCUGGCCCGGAGCAAACCAGGAAAACCGCGAAGCACCACCAACAUUUUCAUCCUGAACCUGAGCAUAGCGGACCUCUCUUACCUGCUCUUCUGCAUCCCUUUCCAGUCCACUAUCUACAUGAUGCCCACCUGGGUACUCGGUGCAUUUAUUUGCAAAUUCAUCCACUAUUUCUUCACCGUUUCUAUGCUUGUGAGCAUCUUCACUCUGUCCGCUAUGUCAGUGGACAGAUACAUUGCCAUCGUUCACUCCAGAAAGUCGUCCACUAUUCGGGUGGCGAAGCACGCUCUGAUUGGGGUGGUGGUGAUUUGGAUACUCUCCCUAGCCAUGGCUGCGCCUAUCAUGUAUUAUCAGAAUAUUUUUCAGAGAGGGGAAAAUCACACCUUUUGCUGGGAAGUGUGGGCAGAUCAAAGCCAGAAGAAGAUCUACGUGGUUUGCACGUUUAUCUUUGGUUAUGUGCUGCCUCUGCUGCUGAUUUCUUUCUGUUACGCUAAGGUGUUAAAUCACUUGCACAAAAAACUACGAAAUAUGUCCAAAAAGUCAGAGGCAUCAAAGAAAAAGACUGCUCAGACGGUGGUUGUGGUGGUGGUGGUGUUCUGCUUGUCUUGGCUCCCUCAUCACGUAGUUCACCUCUGGGUGGAGUUUGGGACCUUCCCGCUGAACCAGGCCUCCUUCGUAUUACGGGUGGCUGCUCACUGCCUGGCGUACAGCAACUCGUCAGUCAAUCCGGUCAUCUACGCCUUCCUGUCGGAGAACUUCAGAAAGGCCUAUAAGCAGGUGUUUAAAUGCCAGAUUGGUACCGGUGACUCCCCACUCAAUGACAUUAAGGACAUUCGCAGCAAAGCGGAUACACCGCCCUCAACUAACUGCACAAAUGUUUGACUUACUGUGGCUGAGAGUUAGUUAUGCCUGCUGUCACACUGAAGUGCAUUGCAAGUCAUGGCG